UCCAGUUUUGUCAGCAACCGUUAGCCCACACUACCUUUCGCCCUCUUUAUUUUUCAUUGCUGAAAAGAAAUGUUUUUUUUUUAUGCUUACUCACCGCACACUAUCUCGUUUAACGCCAAAAAUCUUCUUGUUCAUUGCCUGAAUUUGUUUCCCAAAAUCUUCAUCUCAAUCUCUGGUUUUCCACUUUCCUCUCCUUUCCAUUGCCUACUUCUGCCUUUACUUGUCUUCUUAGCUUCUCCUCCUUUUAUUCACAUAUAUUUCUCUACCCCUUCUCCUUCCCUUUACUCCUCUUAAGCUUUCUCACUGCAACCUGUUACUCUCAUUCUUCUCCUCGUCUGUUUCUUUUUUUGUUACUGUUUUUGCGUUCUUCCUUGAGAAAAGGGUCUCUUUCUUAUAAUGUAAUCUUGAUCAAAUUGUCUUUUUUUGCUUCCUUUCUCUGUUUGAUUAAUGCUCAUUUCUUGCUUUAAACUUGUUCUGGUAUGUUUGCAGUUAUGGAUUCUCGUUAAUAUUGCUCCACUGCCAUUUUUUUUUUAUCUUAAAGGUUUCUUCUUGGAUUUUUAUCAACGCCCAUUUGCUUUAGAUUGUUUUAAACGAUCUGAAAUGGAGUUUAGGAUGAUGGGUUUUCGUUAAUUUUCCGGUAUUUCGCUUUUAAACUCUUUAAAACUUUUAACUUAUGUGAGAUUCCUGUUUGGCUUUUUUAGCAUGUAAGAUUGUAGCAUGUAAUUUGUCAAAGAUCUAACUGCCUUUGUGCUUGUUGUUUUAAUUUUGGCGGGAUUUAGUUGAUAUCAAGAAAGCUUCUGUUUUGUAAAAAAAAAGAGGUAAAUAAAGAAGGAUUAUGGAUCUAAGUUUGGUUGAAUUUGAUCAUUAAUUUCGAUCUGAAGAGAUGGAUAACAUUUUUUGGUUCCGUUCCGUUAACUAAGACCUUUAUUAAAUUCACUUAUGGAAUUUGCUCGCUAGCACUUAGCUCCCUUGACUUUUUUUGCAGACAAACUGAAUUUCAGGUGUUUUGAUUCGUAUCUAAUUUGAUUCUUUUCAUAGGAAUAUAUCUAAAUCAUUCUUUACACAUUCAUUGAAAUGUAAGUUUAUUUUAUUCUGAAUAUUUAGUUACUGCCCUUAUCAAGGGUCAAUUUACACAUAGGAAAAAUGAUAAACUCCCAUCAUUUUUCUCCUACAAUGACCAGCCAAAUGUUAUCUGUAUACCCAUAAUUUCACCAACUUAAUUAUCUUACCUUAUGCAACUUUAGUUUCCGUACUGGCCUCUCGAGUCCUUCAAUCUUUUUCAGUGUGUUGUGUCUUGUAUUCUGUCUUUCAUUGAGUUCUGUCAACUGAGAAAGUGAAAGAAAAAGUCAACAUUGAGGUACCAUGGAAGAAACUUUUGUUCCAUUCCGUGGAAUCAAGAAUGAUCUGAAAGGAAGGCUUUUAUGCUACAAGCAAGACUGGACUGGUGGCUUAAGUGCAGGUAUCAGGAUUCUUGCUCCAACGACAUAUAUAUUCUUUGCUUCGGCAAUUCCAGUUAUAUCCUUCGGAGAGCAGUUGGAAAGAAAUACAGAUGGAAGUUUGACUGCAGUACAAACUCUUGCAUCGACAGCACUUUGUGGAAUCAUUCAUUCACUUGUUGGAGGACAGCCCUUGCUCAUACUUGGAGUUGCAGAGCCAACAGUAUUGAUGUAUACGUUUAUGUUCAACUUUGCAAAGGACCGGAAAGAUUUGGGGCAUAAACUCUUCUUAGCCUGGACUGGAUGGGUUUGUGUCUGGACGGCACUUUUGCUUUUCAUAUUGGCAAUUUUAGGGGCAUGUUCUAUAAUAAAUCGUUUUACACGUGUUGCCGGUGAAUUAUUUGGUCUACUAAUUGCGAUGCUUUUCAUGCAGCAAGCUAUUCGGGGAAUUGUGGAGGAGUUUGGCAUUCCUCACAGAGAAAAUCCUGAGCAAACAGCAUUGCAGGCUUCUUGGCGAUUUGGGAAUGGAAUGUUUGCACUGGUUCUGUCCUUUGGGCUCCUCCUUACUGCACUAAAGAGCCGUAAAGCAAGAUCCUGGCGCUAUGGAACAGGCUGGCUUCGAGGUUUUGUAGCAGAUUAUGGGGUGCCACUUAUGGUGCUUUUGUGGACUGCUGUUUCCUACAUACCCGUUAAUGAUGUUCCAAGAGGUAUUCCAAGGCGUCUUUUCAGUCCAAACCCAUGGUCUCCCGGUGCAUAUUCUAAUUGGACUGUUAUCAAGGAAAUGGUGAAUGUGCCCCCUCUUUACAUAGUUGGGGCAUUUAUUCCAGCAACCAUGAUUGCCGUCCUUUACUAUUUUGACCACAGUGUAGCAUCUCAACUUGCUCAACAGAAAGAGUUCAAUCUGAAAAAGCCACCUUCAUACCAUUAUGACCUUCUUCUUUUGGGUUUUCUGGUUAUAUUAUGCGGUCUUAUUGGCAUUCCACCAUCUAAUGGUGUUAUUCCACAGUCCCCUAUGCAUACAAAAAGUUUAGCAACUCUUAAACAUCAGCUUUUGCAUAAUAAGCUUGUAUCAACUGCCCGGAAAAGUAUUAGUAGAAAUUCAAGCCUGAGUCAACUAUAUCAAAGCAUGCAAGAGGCAUACAAUGAGAUGCAGACUCCACUUGUCUAUCAGCUUCCAUCCACUCUGGGACUGAAAGAACUGAAAGAAUCCACUGUCCAACUGGCUUCAAGUACUGGUAACAUUGAUGCACCUGUUGACGAGACCAUUUUUGACGUUGCUAAGGAAAUCGAUGAGCUUUUACCUGUAGAAGUCAAAGAACAACGUUUCAGUAACUUGCUUCAGGCAUUGAUGGUUGGUGGGUGUGUUGCUGCUAUGCCUCUACUUAAGAAGAUCCCCACUUCUGUUCUUUGGGGUUAUUUUGCUUUCAUGGCCAUCGAAAGCUUGCCAGGAAAUCAAUUUUGGGAGAGAAUAUUGCUGCUUUUCACUGCUCCAGGUCGGCGAUACAAGGUGUUGGAGGAUUCUCAUGCAACCUUUGUUGAGAUUGUACCUUUCAAAACUAUCGCCACCUUUACCUUGUUCCAGACAGUUUACUUGCUAGUAUGCUUUGGCAUAACAUGGAUCCCAAUAGCUGGGGUCCUUUUCCCACUUUUGAUCAUGCUUCUUGUGCCAGUGCGCCAAUAUUUGCUCCCCAAGUUUUUCAAAGGUGCCCAUCUUCAGGACCUUGAUGCCGCAGAAUAUGAGGAAGCUCCAGCCAUUGCCUACAACAUGACAUUUGAAGACCAAGAAAGGCAGGCAACAGCUACUAAUAGCGAUGGUUUAGAAAUUCUAGAUGAAAUUAUGACAAGAAGCCGUGGAGAAAUCCGGCGUACACAGAGUCCUAAAGUAUCAAGUACAACUCCAUCUUCAGUAGGGGACAUAAAACCUUCUUACAGCCCAGGGGUCUUGCAAAAUGCCUAUAGUCCUCGGAUUAGUCAACUGAGGGGAAAGACUGAAAAGGUACUUGAAUUAAAGCAAACUCCCAGUCCUGGGCCAUCUACACUUGGACAAAGUAGUCGUGCUUCAUCAUCAAUCUAAAAGAAAAAUAAUAAUAAGUCCUCUUUUUUAAUAUCUAUUUAGUGGUGUGGUUUGAUAAGUUUAAAUGUCAGUGCAACUCGAGAGGUCUUUUGUUUCAGUGUGUUUUCCUGUUCUGUCUAACAAUAGGGUGAUUGACACUUCUUUUACUUUAUUAUUUUACCCUUUACUACCGAA